UGCAGACGUGGCAAGACAUGGCGCACAAUCACAACACGGAGAGUUCUACUUCAAUGUUGGAAGACAAAAUGACGAAUUUAUCUAUGAGUACUAGCGAGGAUGAAACCAAAACUCGCUUGGAAACAGAUGGGACACAGAACUCCGUACAAAGUUCGCACGAAAUGUCAUGGGGGUUUAACUUGUCUGAUCUGUAUAAGUUGGCCGUUUCAUUUUACAAAGAUAAAGAAGGAAAAGCCAUGCAUCUAUCGUACCAAGAUAAAUUAAAAUUGGUAGCGUACAUGAAGCAAGUUACGUGUGGUCCAUAUGACACGUCGAACGCGUCUUCUGUCGGCUACCUUGAUGUGAUCGGAAGUGACAGACUGCAUGCCUGGCAGGCUCUAGGUACUAUGACACAGGAGGAAGCUAUGGACAAGUUCUGCAGCUUACUGGAGACUAACUGCCCCCUGUUCAGACCCUUCACCGAGGCACAUAAGAGAGAUCUAGAGGAGAAGGCGCGCAUCAGGAUAGAAGAGGAGGAACAAAGGAGGAUAGCGGAAGAGGAGGAACGAGAGCAGCUACGUCUAGAGGAGGAAGCCAGGUUAAAGCUCAGCGAAGAACUGCAUCAAAAAGAAUUACAGAAACAGAAAGUAGUCGAAGCUUUGAACAAACAGACGCAAGCACAAUUUCAGUCAUAUGCAGAACAGCAGUGUCCUGGUAAUAUAGAACAGCAACGGCAGCUCAUUCGGCAGCUGCAAGACGAGCAUUACCAGCAGUACAUGCAGCAGGUCUACCAGCAGCAGCAGCAGCAGCAACAGCAGCAGCAGCAGCAGACACCCAUCUCACAGCCAACAAAGACUGCAGAGACGGAGCACGCAAAGCUGGCAGACAACUCUGAGGAAGAACAUUCUGAUGACACCAAUGCUGCAGCUGCCAACAUGUGGACUAGGAAAGAUAUUGUCGAAUUUAAAAAUUCCUUGCGGAAAGACAGAGAUGCAGUCAUUAAGGUUGGACACGGGGAAACAGUGACAGUACGGGUCCCGACGCACGAGGACGGCACGUGUCUAUUCUGGGAGUUUGCCACCGAUAGCUUCGACAUUGGUUUCGGAUUAUACUUUGAGUGGACGACACCGCCAAACAAUACCGUUAGCGUCCACGUGAGCGAGAGCGAUGAGGAGGAAGAGGAAGAGGAGGAUGAGGACGGGGAAGAGCGCGAGGGCGACGUGGAGAAGGGCGUGCGGGUGGAGAAGCCGGCGACCGACGAGGUGAUUCCCGUGUAUCGCCGCGACUCGCACGAUGAGGUGUACGCCGGAAGCCACGUCUACCCGGGCCGCGGCAUCUACCUACUCAAGUUCGACAACUCCUACUCACUCUGGCGCACAAAGACUCUUUACUACAGGGUCUACUACACGAGGUGAGGAGGCGGCGGCGGCGGAGGCGGCGGCGGCGGAGGAGGCGGCGGAGAAGGGAGAGCCGCGCGUUUGCGUUCCCAGGCCGAUUCCGCGGGACGGCGUCAAAGAAGAAAAUCUUGCGAGUUUUUUUUCCGGCGAGUUGCGAUUGCGACGUGGCAGUGGAUCGGCCGUGGUCUAUCUUUGCACGCGCGUGCGUGGCGGAAUCUAGCUGUGCCUUUGCUGUGUGCUGAUGGAAGCUGUUCUAUCGUCGUCGUCGUCGUUAUCGUCGUCGUUGCUUGGCGUAUUAGCCAUGUGCAGCGCGCUCGCGUUCUGUUGUUUUGCGCGGCCGCGGCAGCGCCCGUCGACGUGUAUGGCUGCUAGCUGGACCAUUGUCCCCGCGCGCUCACCGAAAAACAUAAAUGCUCGUGUGGAAGAUCAAAGUGAGAAUUCGGUAGAGUGUGGGCGUGUUGACGCGGGAAAGAAAAAUGGCCGGGUCGCGCGCGAUACGUCAUGUUGACAUGCUGUGAAAUUUGCGCGAGAUCGAGUUACCGAUCGAGUGUUCUGUGGCCUGUCAUUGCUGUGGUCUACGUGUAAAUUGUCGAUAAAUGUUAUUGUGUAUCUGUUGGGAAGAAUAUAGACGACGUAAUAAUAGCCGGACCUUUAAACUAAGAUAGGAAAAUGUGCCGUUGUUUCGUGUCUUAGUCAAUCUGUGGGAAUUGCCGAGAAAGUUUCGUAAUAGACACAUGCAUCCAAGGUGCACUUACAGUCAGUAGGCGUGCCAAUCAUGUGGACGUUGGCUUCUAGCAUCUCCACCAGAAUUCAGCUUUGAAUGUCUCAUGAGCUUUGAGUCGAUAUUGGACGGAUGGCCGCAGCAGCAAUGCUAGACAAUGUUACGGGCAAUCAGUACAGUUCACCUUUUUAACAACUAGUGAUUGCUGCUUAUCACAGGAGAUUGUUCUGUCACCGUAGCGAGGUUUCGUAUCUGCUGCUGGAGCUUCACUGCUGAUAAACACCCAUCACUAUUGAAGCAUUUAUAUUGCUUGCAUGCUAGCUCUCCACUCCCAUCUAUUUUGCUGCCAUUUGCAGCUAUUCUCUCGUCUUUCUAUCUCAAUUUAUCUCUGUUGCACGUCAGGGGGUUCUGUUUUCAGAAACACAAUUAGUCUUAACAUUAGUCUUAACGUUUGACUUUGUCCUGUUGACUGUUGACAGAAACAUGAUGAAGAUACGAUGUUUGUCAUUCGCAGUGUAUACAGAAGUCGAGAAAAAAGUGAAUACUAAGAUUAAUGUUAAUUUUGUGUCUGACAACAGACCGCGUGCUUCCACCCUCUCGGGCAAAUGAACAUGUAUGCACUUUCUCUUCACUCACGCUGCCAUCUGUGCCACGAAGUCACCCAAUUAGAUGAAUCGGGUUUUCCAGUAUUAAUUCUCCAACUCUGUUGUUGCCAUAACAACGCUCUAACGUCUGUUCCUAUCUCAGAGGUGUGUUAUCUGUGACCCACUAUAUAUAUGAUCAGAUUCCUACAGUGUGGACACUUGUUGGCAAACUAUAGGCAGCCAUGUUGUUCCUUGCAGUUGUUUCUGUAGACGAGUAUUAGUUUUAUGUAGUUCACAUGUGAAAUCUGUUGUAGGUAAUUCCGUUUCAGAACCGGAUGAAGGUUUGAAAAAGAUAAAGGAAGCAGACAUGUUAAACGUGUGGCUUAAGACUGCAGUCAGCAGAGAAUGUUGCUCAUUAAACACUUUCUGCUUGUAUUUGUAAUUAACGUUAGAUGAGGGGGGAAGACGUUUGACUUUAUAGAAGUGAAUCCACAGCAAAUAUUUAGAUAUAACCGGGAAAUACUGGUCGAUUUUUUUCAGCAUACUGAAACGCGUUAUUUCAAUUAUUUAUAAAAAGAUUGUUUGCUAAGAUAAAUCUCUUGUAAAGCAUCAAUGAAGAUAGCUAGAUAAAUUGCAGAAAUACAAGUAAGAUGUUGUCGUCAUUUCGGAUACAUCAAUAAUAGAUAUAAUGGUGUUCCCAUUGCAUUUUAAACUAAAUGAUGUGUUAUUUUCAAACAGUGCCUGUUAUCAGUUAUAUCACACGUAUUCAUAACGUGUCAGCAAAGUAUGUACCUCGUAAUAUUAAUUAUUUGAUUACGUCAUAUAUGACAUCUCGCAUUUUUAUUUCUAACGAUGCAAAAGAUUGUGCGACUCAUAAUGUUAUUUAAUGAUGUUAUUAAAGGAAACGGUAUAUAAAUGUUUUAGUAUAUAAA